UACUGAGAAAACACGAAAAAGGACUAAAAAUUAUGAACUUCGAAAUCUCAGCUGGGUAGGUUUACAGCUUAUAUUCUGCUUCUUGUAGACCACACGACAGAUUUAACUCAAUCUUUAAAACCAUUCACAUAUGCAUCACCGAAUGGAACUAGUUGAAAAGGAAAGCUUAUCUGUGAAUCUUGCCUACAGGCGAAAAAGAGGACAUGCUGUCUUUCCCGUCCGCCAUUUUUUGUUAUCGUUACCGCAAAAUUUGGCCAAUUGCCUUGUCGUAUCUGUCAUGCUAUAACACCGUGAUCUCGGCCAACCAUGUCGACAGUCUAACCUGUGAAACCCCUGGAACUGGUGAAGUCGAACCGUGAACGUGUGCCGUGUAGACCACAAGGGCCUCGAAUAUAUGUUGCAUAUAUAAACAUGGACUUACAAAAAUGACUCAAGCUGUUCAGUUGAAGACUAAAACUAUAAGAAAAUUCUUCUUCUUGAUUUUGAUUUUGACUGUGAUAUCAAUAUGGAUCGCAAUGACAAGAUUUGAGUCAAAGAUGUUGCUUAAAGUGGAUAAUAAUACAACAGUCGUUAUUAAUAAACGUUUCACAAGACCGGUUGGUAAGGAACCUGAUAAAUAUGAAAAGUAUGCCAUUGAAAUACGACAACCAGUAAUCGAUGAUAACACUUCUACAAAGAGUACUGUUCCAGAUGUAUAUCAAAAUGAGACGGUUGGCAGAGGGCCGUGGAUCACCGUACCAAAAAUAGGAAGAUUGGGAAAUAAUAUGUUCCAAUUUGCGGCUCUAAUCGCAGUAGCAAAACACAAUAACAUGACUCCAAUUUAUCCGAGAAAAAUCUUGGAUGGGAUAUUUAAAAUUGACCGAUCUUAUAUUCUAUCAGAAAAAGAGAAUCUUAAUUCUUUCCGAACUAUUCGCCUCGAUGAGAAAAGACCAAGUGCUUAUGAUGAAAGUGUUAUGACUAGAGAAAUCCCAGCCAAUACAAACAUUAAGCUUUGUUGCUAUUUCCAGUCUUGGAGAUAUCUAGAAGAAAUAAAAGAAGAUCUUAAAAGACAGUUCACAUUUAAUUCGACCAUCGAUAAUACAGCUCUGAAGUUCAUUAAUCAAGUCCGAAGUGAUGCACGGGCUAACAUCACUCUGGACAUUGAUCAUGUAAACUUAACGUUGAUUGGAGUACACAUACGCAGAUCUGAUAUGGCUCGAGCUCAACAUCUACAUCCAAAGACAGGAUACCUUGCUGCACCGAAACAAUAUUUUCAGAAUGCGAUGGAAUACUUUAGAACGAAGCAUAAACAUGUUCAUUUCAUCAUAUGCACCGAUGAUAUAAAAUGGGCCCAAAACAAUACCCAAUUCCAUCAUACGACGUUAUCUAUUGGCCAUUCACCUGGAGAAGAUCUCGCAAUUUUGUCACAUUGUGAUCAUAUUAUUAUGUCAACUGGGACAUUCUCCUGGUGGGCAGGUUGGCUGUCUCCCGGAGAGGUCCUCUAUUGGGUCGGCUGGCCAGAGCCAAACACUGAACUUGCACGAUUAACAAAGCCUACUGACUAUUUCCUUCCACAUUGGAAACCUUUGCUUUAAUUUGAUGUUAAACAUUCUUUCUAUAUUAAGAAUUGGAUUAACGUACUUUUUCUCAAUAACCGACCCCCGUUGAUUGGCACUCGUUCCAUUUUAGUCCCAUUUUAAGGGGUGUAAUGUUUGGUCAAAUGUCUACGUAUAUUCACAAUUUGUUGUUAUGUGUAUGCUACUUUUCCUUUAUGAUAAUAUAAAUGUAUGAACAUUAAUACACUGAAACGUUUUUAUGUAACGCCCAUACCCUUUCCACGUAAGUAUGUAAUUUUAUCUUCCAAAACAUUGAUUCACAUCUCUUCAAAGACCUUCCAAAGGAUUUCCAAGGUAUGAUGUUUUCAUAUGAUUGAAAAUCAAACUGGGAAACGAGUAUGGGUAUCGACAGAAAUUCUCAAUUUAAAAACAGUUGAAAUAUAAAGGUUUACAUUAAG